AUGGCGCAGCAGCAGGGUCCUGCUGUUGCUCCUCCAUACCUGGCAGGACGAGAUGAUCGCCGGCCCUUCCAGCACUCGCACGUUCCCGCAGAGCAUUCGGCGCUGAUCCAAUCGAGAGAGACGGGCGAUGUGCUGCCGGACGACAGCCCUCGAGGGCAGGUCAAGGCGCUGCCGUUUGCAAAGUCCUGGGUGCACUUCAUGGCCGGAGGUGUUGGUGGCAUGACGGCCGCAGCAGUCACAGCACCGCUCGACGUCCUCAAGACGAGACUCCAGUCCGACUUCUACCAGGCCCAGAUCCGCGCGUCCAGAGCCGCCCAGGCGCAAGCUCUGCGGCCUCUCAAUCCCCUGCGCAGCGCCAUGUACCACCUCUCGGACACGCUGCGGAUCCUGGGCUCGGUCUACCGCAUCGAGGGAUCGAGCGCGCUGUUCAAGGGCCUGGGGCCCAACCUGGUGGGCGUCAUCCCCGCGCGCAGCAUCAACUUCUACGUCUACGGCAACGGCAAGCGCCUCAUGGCCGAGUACUGGAACCAGGGCGUGGAGGCGCCGUGGGUGCAUCUGCUGGCGGGCGUCACGGCCGGCGUCGCCACCAGCACGGCCACGAAUCCCGUCUGGAUGGUCAAGACGCGCCUGCAGCUGGACAAGAACGUCUCGGAGCGCAGCGGCGGCGCCACGCAGCGUCUGUACCGCAACAGCUGGGACUGCGUCAAGCAGGUGGUGCGCGACGAGGGCGUGCGCGGCCUGUACAAGGGCAUGAGCGCCAGCUACCUGGGCGUCGUCGAGUCGACAAUGCAGUGGAUGCUGUACGAGCAGCUCAAGGCCUAUCUCGCGCGGCGGGAGGCGCUGAUUGUGGCCAGCCGCCGGCCAAAGACGUACUGGGACCGCGUGGUGGAUGUCAUGGGCAACGGCGGAGCUGCAGGUGGCGCAAAGCUCGUUGCCGCGGUCAUUGCCUAUCCCCACGAGGUUGCGAGAACUCGCCUGCGACAGGCUCCUCUGGCAGACGGCAAGCUCAAGUACACGGGCUUGGUCCAGUGCUUCAAGCUCGUCUGGAAGGAGGAAGGCCUCAUGGGUCUCUACGGCGGCUUGACGCCUCAUCUCAUGCGAACGGUGCCUAGUGCGGCAAUCAUGUUUGGCAUGUACGAGGUCAUUCUGCGCUUCUUCCACACGCCCGCCUAA